AUGUUGGUGUUCCAAAUACCAAUAUGGCGGACGGGUGCUAGUCACCAACAAGUAUACUAAGUUGCGAUUUUUUCCAGUUUCGCCUCCUCAAAAUCCCAAUGUGCCUGAUUGUGGGGUAUUCUAGAAAAAGCGGUGGAGCUAGGGGAAUCCGCUUGCAUCGAGUUUCAGCAGUUGUGACGAAUCAGGGCCCAGAAGUUGAAAAACUAAACAUUAAGCAAAGACGAUGAAGGAUCUCAGCAAUAAGCCGCGAUGAUCUCACAGAAAAGGUCGAAGGAAAGGCGAAAACGACAGAUAGAAUUGCAACAACAGGAACGUUUACUGAAGCUACAGAAAUUAAAGGAACCUGGAGUCCCCAUUGCCGACUUUGCUUCUGAGAUUGUUGAGAUUGAAAGCUUGAAUACUUCAGAGGCAGAGCAACUUCAAGAGGAGACUGUAGACUUGCAACCAGACGAGCAAGUAACACAUGACUGCUAUACACAAACAGAGGCUUUUGAUCAUUUAUAUCAGUCUGUGGCGUCUCCCUCUGUUAAGGACGGUCCACGCACUGAUGCCUCUACUCAAACAGAAAAGUUUCACUACUUGUUUACCCAUUCAUCGACGAGCAAGCCUUUCAAGCAGAAUUAUUUUAGGGAUGAUAACGCGAAAGUGUCAUUCUACACAGGCCUGCCAACAUACGAAGUGCUAGAAGCCACUUUUAUU